AUGGGAGAGGGGGCAAUCAGCCAAUCAUCACCCAGCAAAGCUUUAAAGAAUGUUCUGCCAAAGUCGUUUUCUCCUUUCUUUCUUCUUCUUCUGCACAAGUUUGUUAGAAAAUUUGCUGCCACAUGCCCCCUUCCCUUCCUCCUGCUUGGAUAUGAUUGUCCCUCUGUGCUUGCCAUAGCCUCGGUGUGGCUGUGGUGGUCGUCUGUUGGACUGGUUGGACUGGUUGCCCUCACGUCUCAUGCCAGGCGUGCAGCACAGCCUCGCCCUCAGAGACGCUCCAGGCCUGUUUGUGCUUCUGGUUUCUCAAAUAAAAGUCCGGACAAGACUCAGCAGCGGACUGAAAAUCUUCACCUGGUUUUAGGUUCCUUUUUUGUUGUUGUUGUUGUUGUUUUGGAGUGUAGAGGAUCUCAGUUUGCCACAGUUUUCCAGCAGGACUUCUGUACGGCGAAUGAACUCGCUUCUUAUCCAGUCAUUGUUGCAUUUGGACUGCUUCCUCUUCAGAGCACUGCCUUUUCUCAGAACAGCUUCCCGUCGUCGGAUUUUUAA